UGUAGGUAACUCUCCUGCUGUUGCGCUUUUACGGGAGAUCUUCAUGAGACGCAGAAACAAAGGGUGAUUCUCAGCUACAGACACAAAAAGGAGAAAAUACACAUUGUUCUAGCACAAGCUGUGUGCAGUAACAUCCACAGAGACUUGGAAGAUGAACUCUUCCUUGACUGAUAUGAUCCUUGUUUUUCAUCUGUUUGUAGGAAACGUUAGUAAUUUUUUGUUAAUAUAAUGCCUAGUACAGUGGGAUCCUGAGCUCGCCUGGAGUCCUAAUGUACUACUGCAAUAGAAUUCAUAGUAAUAAAUAUCCUGCUUUAGAUCAGCAGAGGCAUAGAGCUUCAGUUAUUAAUAUGAUAGCUUGAUAGUUCACAAAAAAAAGAAUAGUUCUGAAAUUUUGGAUCAGUAUUGAUUAUCUUUCUGGUGUAUUUAUUUUAUUGUUACUGCUACGUUCUGUUGCCAUAGAUUUUUGUGUGAUGGAGGUUCUGCCUCUGUUUAUACUUUACAUAGAGUUCAGGAUUCAUUUAUUACUUGCUUAUUUUAAAAAGAGGUUAGAUUUCCUUAGGUGAAGCUGCCAGAGUUGAAGCACUUUACUGCGUAUUGCCCAGUUUUGCUGGGAAUUGAUGUUGCUUACACACACCUGUAUUGUUAUCCUGCUGUUCUUCAUUGUGCCUUAUUAUGUGAAAUGACAUUGCUGUUGGUAUAGAGUAUGCCUGGAAUGUGGAGUAGUAAAUAAUAGGGCGUGCAAAGGUUUACACAGUAUGUGAACGUAAGGAAAGUACACCAUGUUCAGAAAACCACAGUGUGAAAACCUGUGGCAAAAGACUAUGCCAUGCUUCAUAAAUAGGAUGAGAUAGAGUUACAGUUACAGAGAAAGUAAAACUGACUUUUUUUAAUUUUUAUUUUUUUAAAGUAUUUACCUGUGAAUAACGAUGUUUUAAAUAUAGUUCUUUUUAUGUUAAGGAGUGUACAUUCUAUGGUUCAUGAGGACCGGGACUGCUGUAGCAGCCAAGAGUUGUUAACCAGAAAAUUUAUAUUAAAAAAAUAAAAUAAAAAUUCAGUGGUUCACUCAUGCUACUGUGGAAUUAAAAUAAUGCUUAAAACCCAAAGAAGGCUUCUUUAAAGCUCUGUAGGAGCACAUUAACUAGUUAAUCUUGGGCAACCGACGCUGAAGAAUAUUAUCCCCAAACUGCAAACGAGGAUAUAAAAAGUGGCUCUUUGGCCACUGCCUGUGUGAGUCACUGUCACAGUCAAGAUCACAGCCCAAGUUUGGGCUUGUACUUUUGUAACUCACUGGAUUGGUUCUGCUCUUCCUACUGAUGCUGUGAUUAGAGAGAGGCUCCAUAACUGGUUAGCUGCACAUUAAAUGCAAAGUUUGGACUCAUUUUUCAGCUGAUGGAUGUCAUGGAGAAAUGCUUGUAAGUGUUCCCUGCUCCUUGUCUUGCUUGUGUGAUUUUAUUUAUGUGUCAGGCUGAGAUUGGUGGGAAUGGACAUUUCCAUAGUGUUUCCUUGUGGGCAGAAAGUAAAGUCAGCUUCACUUGUCCCUUAAAAGAUCACGCAGCAGCCCAUAUGCUUACAAAUGCAUUUUGUUUUGGCAGCGUCAGUGCUAGACUCUGUCCAGCUGGGCUUGAUUUGGGAAAUGACUGAGUCUCCACUGCUUUGAAGAGCUGGUAUUGCCUCUGAGCAUUGCUCUGAGCAUUGCCUCUAGCAUUGUUGCUAGCUCCCUCUGGCCUUGUGUGCUCUCUGCCUGGGCUGUGCCCCCAAGGCCCAUGUUGUUAUACUUUUUACAGCUUCUCUUCCAGAACAAAAUGUUAUUUUCAUUUACUACCCAGGAAGGAGAUGUUUCUUAGAUGCAUGGAGAUCCAUGCCGAAUAUUCCUCUUCCAGGUCAAGGAGGAAACGUGCUUGCAGUUUGUUGACAGUUUUUAGUUGUACCUGUUACAGAUUUGUUGUUUGCAGCGUGUCACAGUUCUUGUUGCCAAAAGAGAUUUGUUGGGACUAUAGAGAUGUACCUCAGCAACGGGGGUGCGUUGGCACUUCUGAAUUGCAGUGAGGAAGGAUGUCUCUCCGUGAACUGACCUUUUGGGCACAGGAAUGCUGGGGCUGAGGAGCCCCAGGAAAGAUGCCCUGUGCCUGAGGGCAGCAGGGGUGUAUCCAGCCAGCUGGCAGGUGCUGCUCCAAAGCCACCAACCUGAGUGCUCCGUAAGCUCCAGAAAAGGGCUGGUUUUGCGAUGCCAGGCCUGCUGUUCGCCAGUCAUGUUUUCUUGACAGGUCGAGGUCAUGUGCUACAAUAAGAUGUGUUACAUGCCACAGGAGUUCCUGCGCGGCUCCUGUUUCACGUGUUGAUUGCAGUAGACUUGAUUUACCAAAAGAACAGUAUUAAAGAGAGCAAUGAGAUUUGGUGUUUAUUUUCUCCUGUAUUUACAAGUAUUAUGCAGGAAAAGUGUUUUGGUUUUUUUUUUUUUUUUUGGAUGUUUUCACAGUCAACUAAUUUUAUCUUCCAUUACUCAUAACAAGUUAUCACUCAUAUUUUUGUCAGAUUUUAAACGGGUGUAAAGGUAAACAAGUUCUAAAUUCCUGUUUGCCACCACUUUUCAUGAUUUUUAGUUAAAAUAAAUUAAAAAUUGCCUAUAGAAGUCAAUAAAAAAGUGACCUGUAUAUGCAGAGAAAAUAGCAAUAUGAUUCAGAUUGAUAUUUUUCUAUAUUUUUUUUUUUCCGUGUUUAAGAAUAGAACAUCUCAUGUAACAGGGUUGUGGUUGAUUUGAUAUGAAAUUGCUGAAGUUGGAUUUAGGAAUCUUUGAUUUUAAAUAAAAAGGAUAUGUCCAUGCAAAGUUGGCUGGAGUUUUCCAGUCAGACCCUGCCUGUGCCCAGGGUUCUGUUCUGAGGGUAGAAACGCAUUUUCAUCUGUGGACUUUGUUGCACGACAGAGAUGUUGUCUGUCCGAAUAAAGGUAAUUUGGAGAUAACAGCCUUUUGUUUGUGUCUUCAAACUGGAAGCAAAAACUAAUACACUCGUCAUUUUUAUUCAGAGUCCUGGUAACUGAAUGGUAACUGCCAUGAGGAAAAACGUAAGGUAACUCCUGAUGUAGAUUUUUUUUGUUCGUGGUUUUAAGAAAAAGGGAAAAAAAAAAAAAAAAGAAAAAGAAAAAAAAAGUGCUAUGGCACUUCCAGGAAUAUUUGAGUCAACAAGCAAAAAACACAAACCAUCUCCAGGUGCCUCUGUUUUGCUUCCCAUAAAAAGUUUUCCUGGACAGUUUGCUGUAAAAGCCCUUUGGCUUUCUAGGUGGCAUUUUACAGGAUUUUCCUUCAGAGCUGUCUUCACAAUCCAGAGCUCUUUCCAAUGGGCUUACGAAGACUUCAGUUUGCUUGCAUCCAGGAAAGUGAAUUUUAAUCCGUGCUUUCAUUCUGGCACUGAGGACCUGUUCUUGCCCAAAGAUCUGUGGUUUGGGUGUUUGCUCAUCAGCAAAUGUGACACUGAAUUGCUUAACAAGGUUUGUGGCUCGUUACACCCAGCUUGAGUAGCAGCAUAGAGAGAAUACCUCAUCAUCACUAAUCAUGUCUGGUAUCGCUCCUUCAUGCUGGCUGAAUGGGAGCAAAGGGUGGAGUCUAAGCCUUUCAGUCUUCCUGGGCUGAGGCUUGCCUGCUGCUCUCAAGUUUGCCUUCUUUCCGUCAAGUAUGUAAUGGAAGUUGGAGAAUAUCCUCUUUAAAAAUAGGAACCAAAAACCCACUGAAGAUUUGGCUAUUUUAUUUUAUUUUGGCUGGCUUUGUUGGUAUUAAAAAUUAUUUUAUAUCCUGUUUUCACUGUCUUUACACCAAUGGUUGAAAGCAGUAUUUGGUCUGUGACUUUACUGGAGAGGGAAAAUCGCAGGCUCCAAGAAGCUAGCAUGAGGCUGGAGCAAGAGAACGAUGACCUUGCCCAUGAGCUUGUUACAAGCAAAAUUGCCUUACGGAAUGACCUGGACCAGGCUGAAGACAAAGCUGAUGUUUUGAACAAGGAACUUCUCCUGACCAAACAGAAACUAGUGGAGACAGAGGAAGAGAAACGGAAGCAGGAAGAGGAAACCGCUCAGCUGAAGGAAGUCUUCAGGAAGCAGCUAGAGAAGGCAGAAUCUGAGAUUAAGAAAACCACAGCCAUUAUUGCAGACUAUAAACAGAUUUGUUCCCAGCUGAGUACCAGGCUGGAAAAACAGCAGGCAGCCAGUAAAGAUGAACUGGAAGUUGUGAAGGGUAAAGUGAUGGCCUGCAAACACUGCAGUGAGAUUUUCAGUAAGGAGGGGACACUGAAGCUGCCUUCUCUAAGCACGGAGAAUAAAGGCAUAGAAACAGAUGACGAGAAGGAUGCACUGAAGAAGCAGCUGAGAGAGAUGGAGCUGGAACUUGCACAGACCAAACUGCAGCUUGUGGAAGCCAAGUGCAAAAUUCAGGAGCUGGAGCACCAGAGAGGAGCCCUUAUGAAUGAAAUCCAAGCUGCCAAGAACUCUUGGUUUAGCAAAACUCUGAACUCUAUCAAAACUGCCGCAGGCACACAGCCACCACAGCAGCUUCAGCAACCCCUGCCACCCAAAGAGGGCAGUACAUAGUUCCAGCCAGACCUGAUACAAGAGCACAAAGAACACAACUGAAACCCUGGAGGAUUCUUCCAGUGGUCUCUCCUCUUGGGUAAAGGACAAAAGGCAGGAGUGCAGGCUUGAAAUGAAAUUCUUCAAUGUUUUUCAUUCAUUCUGAUGUGAUCCUUUUCAAAAGGGGAAAAAUAUUCUGUUUUAUGUUGAAUUCCUACUUCCCAAACUGCCUUGCUGAAAGCCACGUUCUGAUACCUUCAUACUUUUACACUUUAUUUUAUAUGACUAGAUGUUAAAAUGAAUAAAUAAUUCAAAACUAGUUCUUUAAUACAUGACUAAUUAUUCAAAAUUAUUUUUAUCUUGCAUAGAAGGUUUGUGUUUUUUUUUUCUUCUGGAGGAAGAGAGAAUGGAAAAUGUAAAGUACUGCAGCAUAAUCUCUUCACAGAAAGCACAGUGUAACAAGUACUAGUGUGUGUGUGAGUGUCUAGGAUAACUUAUGCCCUGGGACCAUCUCAGAAGUUUAUCGCAGUGACUACGUCCUGCAGAAAAGCACUUUUUGUAAAGCUUAGGCCAUAGUAAAGAAGCAAAGAUAGUCUUGCACUGUCUUGGCACAAUUGUUUGUGAGCUUCCCUGAUAAUUUCAUAGUUUUGAUUGUUUUUUCUUCAGAAAUGCAAAUAGUGCAGUUCUUUGUAGCACUGAGUAGCACUGUUGUUUAUUUACAAUUGAACUGGAAUUUAACAUAGUUACCUAGUUCCCCUUUUUUAUUUCAUGUUUAUACUAAGAACACCAAGAAAGAAUUCCUUCCACUGGGAGAAAGGGAAAACUGUUCAACAUUUAUUCAGUGAUUUUGCUGAUAAGCCAAGUGAAAACCUUGCAUAGUUCUGACUUUUUGUAAGUCCUGUGCAAUAAAGGGUAGCUUUUAUGAAUAAAAUUAACAAAACCUUUUCCCUGGGUCUAUAUUCAAAUUUUGAGUUUUACACAGAAGUGAGGUAUCAAAUAAAACAAACAACAGGCUUUUGCUGCACUGAUGAAUAAAUCACCACAAAAACAAGAUCAAUUUGCUAUAAAUAUUUGGCUAGGAAAUGCUAUAUCGGUAUUACUUAUUUUUAUAAAAACAAGCAUUUUCAACUGGAAUACAAAACUUAGACUUUUCCCAUGGGAUAGACUUCUCUGAUGAUUCCCAAACCUCUCUGGUUGUUUUAUAUCUCUAAGGUAAGAAAAUUCAAAAGUGUUUGUUUUGAUUGAACAUAAAGUGUUUAUAGAAAUACUUCUUUCAUGGAAAAUUAAACUAUUGCUUGAACUGAUGGAAUAUUUUUUUAAUUAUACUUGUCAUGUCUAUAAGGUGGUCUUGCAGAUAAAUAUCAUUGCUGGACAAAAGGUUGUGUAUUAAUUGUUCCAUUUACAAAAUUGUUCCAAGUACAUUUGUUCUCUUUUGAUCUUUUUUAAUUCAAAGGAAUGCCAUAUCUUGUCCGUUUUGUACAAUAAAAUUUAAUGAUAC